AUGGAGGAUUACAAAACUGUGGCAUGGACCAAAGAGUUCAAUGCUAUUCUGCAAAGGAAGCUUCCACAGAAGUUGAGGGAACCUGGAAGUUUCACAAUCCCAUGCACAAUUGGUAACUUUGAGUGUAAACAUGCACUAUGUGAUUUGGGAGCUAGCAUAAAUCUCAUGCCUUUAUCAGUAUUCAAAAGACUUGGUUUGGGUGAGGCAAAGCCAACCACUAUUACACUACAGUUGGCAGAUCGAUCGGUGGCCUAUCCGAGGGGGAUAAUUGAAGAUGUCCUAGUGAAGGUCGAUAAAUUCAUUUUUCCAGCUGACUUUAUUGUGUUGGACAUGGAGGAAGAUGCAAAUGUCCCAAUUAUUCUUGGAUGA